AAAUUCUAUAGUUUUGGGUCAUGAAGGGAUUGGUUCAGACACGUCGUCUUCUUCUUCUAGAGAGAGCAGGUACUCCAAGAACUCAUGUUUUCUCGUCUUGUUGCGGACGAGACUAUUCUGGUUUCAGCGAUAGGAAUCUGUCUUACAGAGAGAGAUUGAGAAGUGGGCUUGCUGAUAUCAAGGCAGAGGAUGCUGUUGAUCUCUUUCAACCCAUGAUUAGGUCUCGUCCUCUUCCCACUGUCAUUGAUUUGAAUAGAUUGUUUAGUGCCGUUGCCAGAACAAAGCAGUAUGAUCUCGUUCUAGCUCUCUCCAAGCAGAUGGAGCUGAUUGGGAUUGCGUAUGACUUGUACUCUCUCAAUAUUGUCAUCAAUUGUUUCUGUCGGCGUGGUAGAGUUUGUUUCGCUUAUUCUGUUUUGGGGAAGAUCCUGAAACUUGGGUAUGAGCCUAGCACUAUCACGUUUAACCCGAUGAAGCUACAUAUGGACCGGUUUUAAAUGUAAUGUGCAAGUCCGGCAAAACU